AUGGUGCUCUCUGAUUGGCUUCUCUUGGUUCUUUCCCAAAGGCGGGAAGGGCCAGCGAUGGAGGAUUUGGAGAGUGCGGCGGCGGACGAGCGUGAUCAGGAGAACCGGCAAAGCGUGCAGCUCGACGCCGAGGCUGAAGCGGAGCGGCCGAACUCGGGCGCACAACAGAAACUGCUCCGCCUGCCGCUCAGCCGAAUCAAGGGGCUGAUAAAAGCGGAUCCCGAGGUGACGCUGGCGAGUCAGGAGGCCGUAUUCGCCAUCGGCAAGGCCACGGAGCUGUUUGUUGAAGUGAUUGCAAAGGAUGCAUGCACAUAUGCUCUGCAAGCAAAGCGUAAAACAAUCCAGCGCAAGGACUUGGAUAAUGCAGUAGAUGCUGCAGAUGAAUUCGCAUUUUUAGAAGGAACCCUGGAGUGAAAUGGAGACAAGUUUCAUGAGGCCAAAAUAACUCCAUAAAAGGAGAGCUGCCAUCAAAUUUGCUCAUUAUAGAUGUAUAUUUGUACAAUUUGUAAAAAGGAAGUUAUACUUAUUGUAUGAGUAAAUGUAUGAUUUCAAGUGUGAGUGUUUUCAGAUUAAAUAACUUGUAUCACAUGAAGUUUCAGU